AUGUUUCUCGUCUCAGACGGAGCAGCUGCGGCGAAGAAGAAGAAAGUUUCUUCUCCUUUCGCCCUCGCGCCUUCGCGAUGCUCUCUCACCUCGGGCAGCCUCGAGGCGGGACUUGCCUCCUUCAAUCGCACUUUGCAGGCUCACCCUUUCAACCAGAAGAUUGUGAUUCUCAUCUCUUUCGAAGACACGUCCGACCCUGAAGAAGCAACAUUCUCCCCUGAAGCUCUGGCGGAAGUCGAGAGAGAAGAACGCGACCGGAGCAAAGGCGCAAGACAGCCGCCGCCUCCCUCCUCGUCUCCCGCUUCUCCACCAUCUUCCUCGCCUUCCUCUUCUCCACCAUCUUCCUCGCCUUCCUCUUCUGCCUCGUCUUUUGCCGCUUCUUCUGUGUGUGAGGCUCGUGACCGUGUUGCGCACCAUCUCGUGAACCUGGUUCAGUCUUGCAGUACAGGCGUUUUCUUCCACGGCGUCUCUCUCGCCUCCUUUCUCUCUCUGCCUCUUCAAACGCUCCUCUUCUCGCAACACGACGCUUGCCUACUCUCCUGGAGCGGCGCCUCGCCUCUCUGCUCUUCUCUCGCUUUUGCCAGUGACUCACCGGAAAAGGGAGAAGAAAGAGAUCAAGAGAGAGAUCAAGGAGGCGCGUUCCUCAGCUCCGACUUGUUCCUCUCGGAUGUCGCGACCGGUGGCAACGCAGCUGCUCUGACCGCUGACGGGGGGGGGACCCUCCUCAUGCGUUCGUGCUUAUAUUCGGAUCUUUACUGCUCUGCUGCGGUCGCGCUUCACUCUUGCACCUCUUUUGCCUCCUUUCUCCCGCAACUGCAUGCAGCGUUCCCUGCGACAACGCGUUUCCUGCGCGUCCCUCUGGCCCACCCUGCCGUGCUGCGUCACCAGACGCCGUCGCAGUCGACCGCUGCCUCUCCCUCUCUCCAGAGGGGAAAGAAGUUUUCCGGCAGAGGCGAUAGCGGCGCCGAGACGGGCAACCAUGCUCGGGCGACUGCGCAGCCUUCAAAGAUGUUCCUGCAUCUUCAGCACUGCCUCGACAAACUCGCGCCUCUCGCCUUCCUCGGCGCCCUCAAAAUGCCGUUGAGGAGCGCACCGGAAUCCGCCGUCUCUGAGGCCUCGGCGCUUCGCUCCUCUCUCGAGAGCUUGCUCGGCGGUUCGAAAUCUGAGGCGCGUUUCGUGGCGCUAACAGGCAUCACUGCUCAGCAUCGCCGCUACCUGUGCGCUGCCGAGAAAAGCGACGUUGUCGGGAGUGAAGCUAAGCAGCGCGGAGAGCAAGAUCGCGGCUUUCUGGCGUUGGAGGCUGAGAGUCGAGGCGAGAACGACGACGGUUGUGUAGGAGAGACGAGACGCGCAGGCAAUCUCCCUCCAGAGCGGCGAAAAGGAACUCAAGAGAAUCUGGAAGUCUGGCUGCCGAAUUGGAACGAUCUGCUGGCGCGAGUGAGACAGUCAGCAGAAAAGGAAGGAGGCAAGAAGAGCGGUUCUCGGCAAACCAUUCAGCGAAACGCUGGGCACGCCCGAGGAGACACAAAGCUGGGACGCGGUCGAGGCUCCUGCGAGACCGGCUCGCCUCUCGACGUCUCCAUGGGAGAAGAAACCGGAAAGGAAGAAGAGAUCGAGGAGACGGAAGAGAUAGACGAGGAGAUAGACGAGGAGAUGGGAGAAGAGAAGUUCCCGUUUCCACGUUUGAAGCCGCGACUGGAGAGUGCCGCUGUACGCCUCGCGACUUCCGAGUACGAAGAAGAGAAGCGAGCCAAGAGAGACGGAAUGCAGAGGAAGGAGACAGAGCGCGAGAACUUAGCAGAUGAAAUUCUGCAGGUUCUCGGAAGCUGCGGCCUGGAUCUGCCUCUCAAUCCCAGUAACGAGAACCCAGACUCUCUGCCUCAGGAUGGCGGGAGCCGCCGGCGCCCGCCUUUCUCCUGGUUGGAAGCAGACGAUACCGGCGUCCGCGCCAGUCGAGUCUCCGUGCUUACAAUCGAAGGAGGGAUCAUUCACUCUUCUGCAAUCGCCGCAGUUGUGCAGUGUCUCUCGGGGGCUCUCCACUUGAAUCCGGUAGACAAAAACAUCCAAGAUCUCCACCGCUGCCUACGGCGCAAACGGAUGGCCCUUCAAGCUCGAGAAAAGGCCGGAAACGGCGAGUCCGAAGGCGAACCAGAAACAAAAUCUUCAUCUUCUUCCUUUUCGUCGAGCUCUCCCUGGUUUGCCGUUUCCACCUUCGGCGUGCCUGACGCCCCAACUCUGUUCAACGGCCUGCCUCACGGCGCAGUCGAUUUGAGCGGCGACAGCAGCUGUCAUUUUGUCGGAUUUUUAUCUGCCAAUGACAACGUCGCGCAUGCAAUCAACCUCCGCUCUAUCAGUGCCGUCGACGCCGCCGUCGCACUACCUUAG